AGGCGCUGCCGCCCCGGCAGAAGGCGCCGCUCGAGAUGCAGCUGGGCCUCCCUCCCGAGGAUGCAGGUGGGGCAGGGGCCGCCACGGGAAGCAGCACCGAGGAGGAGGGGGGCGCCGCCGGGGAGAAUGGUACUGAGGAUGCGACUCAUGAGAAUCGAAUGCCACAGGCGCAGAUGCUGCCAAGGAGAACGUCACCGAUGGCUUGGCACCCGAGAAGGAGACGGACGCAGCUGCGAAAGUUGGGACCAAUGCCACCGAGGGCGAGAAGCAGGACGUUGGUGAGGCAGAGGUUGCCACGCAGAAUGGCAACGAGGAGGAUGAGGAGGAGGAGGAGGAGGAGGAGGAGGAGGAGGAGGAGGACAAGGAGGAGACAGGGGCUGCCAAAUGGAAUUACACCGAGGAGGAGGAGGAGGCUGCCGAACAGAAUGCCACCGAGGAGACGUUUAGCGAGAAUGCUACCAGGAUAGAGACUGCCCAAGAGAACGCCUCGAAUGACUUGGCUCCCAAGGGCACAGCUGAGGACAAUGCCACCGAGGAUCUGGAGGCUGCUAAAGAUACUGUCUCCGAGAAGACGAUUACCGAGAAUGUUAUAGGGGCAGGUGCCCCCAAGCAGAACGCCACCAGCGCUUUGGCACCCGAUGAAGACAUGGCGGACCAGGCUCUGAGAAUUGAGGACAAUGCCACCGAGGACGAGGAGGCUGCGAACGAUAAUGCCACCGCGCAGACGGCUACCGAGAAUGCCACCGAGACAGAGGCCGUCAAGGAGAACACCACCAGUGAGUUGUCCUCAGAGAACACGUCGGACGUGGUGUUGAAGACUGAGGGCAAUACCACCGAGGAGAAGGAGGAGUCUGCUAAAGAUAAUGUCUUCGAAGGGACAGUUACCGAGAAUGUUACAAGGACAGGGGCCACCAAACCGAACGCGACCAGCGGCUUGACACCCGGCGCAGACAUAGCGGACGUGGCGGAGAAAAUUGUUGACAAUGCCACCGAGUACGAGGACGAUGCGAAAGAUAAUGCCACCACGCAGCCGGCUACCGAGAAUGCCACCGAGGUAGAGGUUGUUAAGACGAACUCCACCAGUGAGUUGCUCCCCGAGAACACGUCGGACGUGGGGCUGAAAAUUGAGGACAAUGCCACCGAGGACGAGAGGCAGGAGGCUGUUGAAACAGAGGCUGUCACUGAGGAUGCAACCGAGGAGGAGGAGGAGGAGGAGGAGGAGGAGGAGAAGGCGCAGGAGAAGGGUGAGGAGGAACAGGAGUCAGGCACUGCCCAAGAGAAUGCCUCCGAGGAGGAUGCGAAAGACAAUACCACCGCGCAGACGGUUACCGAGAAUGCCACCGGGACAGAGGCCGCCAAGGAGAACACCACCAGUGAGCUGGCGCCCGGGAACACGUCGGACGUGGCGCUGAGAACGGAGUCCAAUGCCACCGAGGAGAAGCAGGAGGUUGCUGAAGAUAACGGCUCCGCGGGGACCGUGACUGGAAAUGGUACAGGGGCAGGGGGCACCACACAGAACGCUACCAGCAGCUUGGCACCUGACGAAGCCAGGGCGGACGCGGCUCUCAAAACUCAGGACAAUGCCACCGAGUACGAGGAGGAUGCGAAAGACAAUACCACCGCGCAGACGGUUACCGAGAAUGCCACCGGGACAGAGGCCGCCAAGGAGAACACCACCAGUGAGCUGGCGCCCGGGAACACGUCGGACGUGGCGCUGAAAACGGAGUCCAAUGCCACCGAGGAGAAGCAGGAGGUUGCUGAAGAUAACGGCUCCGCGGGGACCGUGACUGGAAAUGGUACAGGGGCAGGGGGCACCACACAGAACGCUACCAGCGGCUUGGCACCUGACGAAGCCAGGGCGGACGCGGCUCUGAAAACUCAGGACAAUGCCAUCGAGUACGAGGAGGAUGCGAAAGACAAUACCACCGCGCAGACGGUUACCGAGAAUGCCACCGGGACAGAGGCCGCCAAGGAGAACACCACCAGUGAGCUGGCGCCCGGGAACACGUCGGACGUGGCGCUGAAAACGGAGUCCAAUACCACCGAGGAGAAGCAGGAGGUUGCUGAAGAUAACGGCUCCGCGGGGACCGUGACUGGAAAUGGUACAGGGGCAGGGGGCACCACACAGAACGCUACCAGCAGCUUGGCACCUGACAAAGCCAGGGCGGACGCGGCUCUCAAAACUCAGGACAAUGCCACCAUGGUCGAAGAUACUGCGAACGAGAAUGCCACCAAGACAGAUGCCGCCAAGGAGAACACCACCAGUGAGUUGGUCCCCGAGAGCACGUCGGGCGUGGCGUUGAAAACGGAGCACAAUGCCUCCGAGGGCGAGAAGCAGGAUGUUGAUGAGGCAGACGCUGCAAAGCAUAAUGCCGCUGAGGAGGAGGAGGAGGCAGAGGAGGCGGCAAUGCAGGCGGAGGAAGACGAGAAGGAGGAGCAGACUGCCGAAGACAAUGCCACCGGGCAGACGGUUGCCAAGAAUGCCACCGAGUCAGAAGCCGCCAAGGAGAACACCAGCGAGGGCAAGGCCAUCGAGGGCGAGAAGCAGGAUGCUGCUGAGGCAGAGGAAGACGAGCAGAAUGAUGCGGAUGAGGGAGAAGAGGAGGAGGCGGCAGAGGAGGAGGAAGACGAGGAGGAAGAGGAGGCAGGCGAUGUGCACGAGAAUGCCACAGAGAAUGCCACAGAGAAUGCCACGGAGAAUGCCACGAAAGAGGCGGGGGCUCCUGAGCAGGCCGCCUCGGCCCAGGAGGCAGCUGCCGAUGUGCUCAUGGUGGUGAACAUCUCGCUGAGCGGCUCCGCAGAGGAGUGGAGGCGCCUGAAGGUGGAUGCGCGGGAGUGGCUGCGCCGGAGCACCUCCCCGGAGGAGAGCGCCGCGCGCCCCGCCGCGCCGCCGGCCGAGGGGCACGGCGCGUAGGCGCGGCAUCGUUCAACCGAUCCGUCGUGCCCACAAGGGCGAUGACGACAGCGUUGGCGCUGAAGGGCCGGCCCCGCCCGGCGCGCGGGGCGGCGCGAACGCCCCGCCGGGCGUGCGCCCGGCCGCUGGGGUUCGCCAGGGCGGCGCACCGUUGCGGCUGGGGCUCCAGGCCUCUCCGGCGGGGCCGCCAGUGGCGGGCCUUGGGCGAACGCGACCGCACGCCGAGGCACUGCCCCAGACUCAAAACAGUGCCCUUCGCUUGCUUCG